UGCGGCAUAAACACAUGGACGCCUGCGGUUAGCUACGAGAACAUGAGAGGUCAAAAGUUAUGAUCCUAAUCUGCGAUAUAAACGGGACAUAACACUGAGACAUGGCCAGCUCCAUGGUGGCAGUGGGACUGGCUCUGGCAGCUGCUGGGUUUGCAGGUCGCUACGCCAUGCAGGCCAUGAAACAAAUGGAGCCACAGGUGAAACAGGCUCUCCAGAGUUUUCCCAAGACGGCCUUUGGAGGAGGAUACUACAGAGGCGGGUUUGAACCAAAGAUGACAAAGAGAGAAGCUGCUCUCAUUUUAGGUGUCAGUCCCACAGCCAACAAGAAUAAGAUCCGAGAAGCCCAUAGAAAGCUGAUGGUCCUGAACCAUCCAGACAGAGGUGGUUCUCCGUACAUCGCUGCAAAAAUAAAUGAAGCCAAGGACUUGAUGGAUGGCCAAGCCAGGAAGCAGAGCUGAAGAUCAGGACGAAACAAAAUAAAAUUAAUUUCACGCUGCUUUUAUAUGGGCUGGGUUAAGAAAGCACUUGAUUGUUUUUUUUCUAAUUCUUCCCAAAUGAAAUAAAA